AUGAUGCAAUGGCUAAUUGCGAACCAAGGAAGCGAAACAAUGGUUUACAUUGAAUAUCAAAUCGAUCGGAUAUUUAUAGUCAAAGAUGAUCACUUUUUAGAAACAUCAAAUUUAUUUUCGUUGCCGAAUGACUUACUACUCGAUCAUGUUUUUGUUUAUCUUCGUUCAACUGAUCUUGUCUAUACAUUUGGACAAUUAUGUAAUCGUCUUCUCUAUGCACAUCUUCAUCAUGUUGAUUUGUCAACUAGUGAUACAUUUGCUGUUUCAAUUGAUGAAUGGUUAUGUUACUUAUCGUCUACGGAAAAGAAAACUUUAUCCCUUCGAAUUAACCUUCACUGUUGCGAUUCUUUACCUUUCUCUCAACUCUCCAAACUCAUUCGUCUCAAUCUUCAAAUCACGAGUGGAUCACCAAAUGUAUCUGAAAUACGUGCAUUGGCUCAACUUAAAGAACUCUCGAUUACUUCAAUUUAUGAGAAACUCGAGAGACUAGAAGGAUUGACACUAUUUAUAUGGCAAGUAGGCAGUUGUCUCGAAACCGUAUCGGCUUUCAAUUGGUUCAUACUGGAUUACGUCGAUGUUUCCCCUCAUUCUUUACGUUCUCUUCUGGUUAAUGAAAAACUGACACUUAUCAGAAUUACUUUGUAUUCUGAUUAUGAUCUCAAUGGCAGUCUAUUCACAUCUGUAGAACGAACAUGUCCGUUUUUACGUCAUCUAGGUUUUCAACAAUUUGGUAACUUAGACAUUGAUCUUAUACACGAUAUACAAUUGAUGCUGCCAACAGUCGCGUCUCACUACUCAUCAAUGUACUUUUCCUGCUAUCGACAUCAUCGAUAA